AUGUUUAUGGCAAGAUCCGAAUAUGAUCGUGGUAUCAACACGUUCUCACCUGAGGGUCGUUUGUUCCAGGUCGAAUACUCACUCGAGGCGAUCAAGCUCGGCUCGACAGCGAUAGGAGUAGCAACAUCGGAGGGCGUAGUGCUAGGCGUAGAGAAGCGGGUGACGUCGACACUCCUUGAGACGUCAUCCGUCGAGAAGAUUGUUGAGAUCGACCGGCAUAUUGGAUGCGCUAUGUCGGGGCUGCAGGCGGAUGCGCGCAGCAUGGUUGAACACGCCCGCGUCGAGUGUCAGUCGCAUGCCUUCAACUACAACGAGAACCUACGUGUCGAGAGCUGCACCCAGGCCAUCUGCGACCUGGCCUUACGCUUCGGCGAGAGUGCUGAUGGAGAGGAGAGUAUCAUGAGUCGUCCAUUUGGUGUCGCUCUGCUCAUCGCGGGCUACGAUGAGGAUGGCCCUCAGCUCUACCACGCUGAGCCGAGUGGCACUUUCUACCGGUACGACGCCAAAGCUAUUGGCUCAGGAAGCGAGGGUGCCCAGGCGGAGCUCCAGAACGAGUAUCAUAAGUCCCUCACAAUUGCAGACGCUGAGAUGCUCGUACUCAAGACCUUGAAGCAAGUAAUGGAGGAAAAGCUAGAUGCCAAGAACGUACAACUGGCAAGUGUCACUAAAGAAAAGGGCUUCAGAAUAUACACGGAUGAGGAGAUGGCUGCGGUUGUUGAGCGGCUACCUGCAAACUAAAAGGACUAGAGAACAGUAAUAUUGUUCUAGGGUCCGGCUAGAAGAGCAUCAGGUUAGUAGAAGGAAGGCAAAUAGAGGUUUCUACUUGCUUAUUGCGGACAAGCCAAGUCAACAUGAAAGCAUUUCUAGACUCAUCUGAUGAUAAGCGUUCACAACCAUGUGUCAUAAACGUACCACGCAGGGGACUCUGCCGCCUGAUUUGCAACGGAACUUGGUAAAACCCAGCCGCUUUUCAUCCCUCGUUCGAAAUGCUGACAGCGUAUCUAAAUAAAACCUACUAUCUACCCAACCUUUCAAUCGGAUCCGGUUUGUGUCGUACUUGAUAGUGAAAUAAAAAAAAAAGAACGUAACGAUAAUCUGAAGGAAACCUCCCUUUUCCCAACUUGAAAGAAAGAAUAAAUCUUUAAAAAAAAUCUUACACCUCAGAGCUCU